GAACACCAACAUGGACCGCGCCAGCCGGCGGCGGCCCUGGGGGCGGCGGCGGCAGGGCCGACAGCGGCACCAUGGGGGAGGUAGGCGAUGACGAGGGAGUCCGAGGCAGAGACCCCAGCCCGACUGGCACCGGCGGCGCACGACCAGAGCGAAGAGCCGGCGGCGGUCGCAGGGAUCCACCGGCGACGAGUUGCGGGGGCGGGGCGCGGGCGGGUGCAGUCCCUGAAAAUGUGGCCCUCCCCAUCGCAGCGCACGCACACCGGAGGAUAUGUGCACAUGGCAAAUAUGUGCUUAUCACUUCCACAGUUGUAGCAGCAGCCGACGAGCUUCGCCGGAAUCCGGCCCCACAGAGGCCGCGAGGACGGAAGGAUGUUGGGCCACCUGCUCGGGGUAGAGCGGCGCGCCGGCCUGGGUGGGGAGCGCGCCGGUGCGGCCGCCGCCCGACGCCCAGCCUGCGUCUGCCAUGGAGCCUCGCCAUUGCACACCCCGCGCCGUACCCGCCACGUCGGGCACCACGAGCAGGGGGCGCAAGACCGGCCUAGGGGGCGGCGGCGGCGGUGGCGGAGGGGACGGGGGCAGGGAGCCGGAGGAGGACGCCGAGAGGGACACCCUAGAUGCCAUGGAGAACCGGCGAGGGGAGGUGGUCGCCGGGACCGGAGUGGCCACCGGCGAGGGGGGGUGGCCGCCUGCUCCGGAGCGGACGCCGGCGCGGGCUUGGUGGACGCCGGGGUCGGGGUGGCCGCCGGCGCUAGGAGGAGAAGGAGGAGGGGCGCUAUCAAUUUCGAGCGUCUUAUGAACGAAUCUGCCGCCGGCUCAUCCUCCAAACCCGACGCCGCCUCCCUCGACCUCUCCUUCUCAGAGGAUGGAAGGAGUGGCACAUUUAUGAUUGGUAACCAGAGGUUUCCUGCAUCUCUCUUGGAUCUCCCAACCGUUGUGGAGUCAUAUAAAACAUAUGAUGAUUCCUUUUUAGUUAAAAUUGCUGAUAUUGGUCAGAUGGUAAUGGUAAGAGAAGAAGAUGAUCCUGCUCCAGAAGGAGCUGAAUACAAGCAUGGACUUACUCCUCCAAUGAGGGAUGCACGCAGGCGACGUUUUUGUAGAGAGCCUGACUUGAGUGCAGAGCUUGUUCACCGAGUUGAGAAGGAUCUUAUAAGUAUUAUGCAAGGAGUGCCUGUCAACCAGAAUGCUAGUGUAGCUGGAGGCGGUGAAGGUGGUGAUCGCAAGAAAGCUGCACCAGCUCCUGCACCCAAGCCUAACGUUCAAGAGCCUGAUCGGAGCGACUCUGAUGAGUCAGACAGCUGAAGUGGACCAAAAUAGACAGUGCUACUUCAGUAGGCCGAGCAAACCCAGUGUAUGUAUUAGGUAAUUCAGAUCAAAGAACGCACACUUUUACCAAGCAAACACGCUUGUUGUCUUCUACUGUACCGAUUAUCAUCUCAUCAGUAAUAAUAAGAGUGACCUUCCAUUA